AUGACAGAUUCGAAGCUGGGUCCAGCAGAAGUCUGGACGUCCAGACAGGCUCUACAGGACUUAUAUCAGAAAAUGCUAGUGACCGAUUUGGAAUACGCUUUAGAUAAAAAAGUGGAGCAGGACCUUUGGAAUCAUGCCUUUAAAAAUCAGAUCACGACGCUACAGGGUCAGGCGAAAAAUAGAGCAAAUCCAAAUCGGAGCGAAGUUCAGGCGAACCUUUCUCUGUUCUUAGAGGCAGCUAGUGGCUUCUACACACAGUUAUUACAGGAAUUGUGCACAGUUUUUAAUGUAGACUUGCCGUGUCGUGUAAAGUCUUCCCAGCUGGGAAUCAUUAGCAAUAAACAGACGCACACCAGCGCCAUAGUGAAGCCGCAAUCUAGCUCCUGCUCUUACAUCUGCCAGCACUGCCUUGUCCACCUUGGAGAUAUUGCUCGCUAUAGGAAUCAGACCAGCCAGGCAGAGUCUUACUACAGACAUGCAGCUCAGCUUGUCCCUUCUAAUGGUCAGCCUUAUAAUCAGUUGGCUAUUCUAGCUUCCUCCAAAGGAGACCACUUGACCACAAUUUUCUACUACUGCAGAAGCAUUGCUGUGAAGUUUCCUUUCCCAGCUGCCUCCACUAACUUACAAAAAGCACUUUCUAAAGCACUGGAAAGUCGUGAUGAGGUGAAGACUCGAUGGAGCGUGUCUGACUUCAUCAAGGCAUUUAUUAAAUUCCAUGGCCAUGUGUACCUGAGUAAGAGCUUGGAGAAGCUGAGCCCUCUUCGAGAAAAGCUGGAAGAACAGUUCAAGAGGUUGUUAUUCCAAAAGGCCUUCAAUUCUCAACAGUUAGUACAUAUUACUGUUAUCAAUCUGUUUCAACUACAUCACCUGCGAGACUUCAGCAAUGAAACAGAGCAGCACAGCUACAGCCAGGAUGAGCAGCUCUGCUGGACACAGUUACUGGCUCUCUUCAUGUCCUUUCUUGGAGUUCUGUGCAAGUGUCCUUUACAAAAUGACUACCAGGAGGACUCUGGGGCUGCAUAUCCUCUCCCAGCUGUGAAGGUUUCAAUGGACUGGCUGAAACUUAGGCCCAGUGUUUUCCAGGAGGCAGUGGUUGAUGAAAGACGGUACAUAUGGCCCUGGCUGAUUUCUCUUCUAAACAGCUUCCAGCCUCAUGAAGAAGAUCUAUCCAAUAAUAAUGCAACCCCCCUUCCAGAAGAAUUUGAGUUGCAGGGAUUCUUGGCUCUGAGGCCCUCGUUCAGGAACUUGGAUUUUUCCAAAGGCCACCAGGCAAUUACAGGAGAUAAGGAAGGGCAACAACGUCGGAUACGGCAACAGCGUCUGAUUUUCACAGGCAAAUGGAUUGCUGACAACCAGCCGAGGUUGAUUCAGUGUGAAAAUGAGGUAGGAAAGCUGUUGUUUUUGACGGAAAUCCCAGAAUUAUUACUAGAGGACCCUAGUGAAGCCAAAGAGAGUCUCGCCUUGCAGGAAACGUGCGUUGCAGAGCCACUAUCUACAGAUGGGAGCCCUGGACUCAAGUCAGUUCUGUCCUCUGGCAGAAGCCUGAACAACUGUGAUGCCGGAGAAAAACCGAUGGUCACAUUCAAAGAGAACAUCAAGCCACGGGAAAUUAACAGAGAGCAAGGGCGAAUUUAUCCCCCUAAAGAUGUAGGUAGGGAAACACGGGACUAUAGCAAAGGAAUAGUAGCCAAUAAGAAUGAUGGAAAGAAGGAUAACAAUAAAAGAAAGAAUGAGACGAAGAAGUGCGGCUUGGAUAAGAUGCAGGAAGCAGGAAAGCAGAACGUGGCAGUUCAGGUGAAAUCCCAGACGGAGAUGAGGAAGACUCCAGUAUCUGAAGCCAGGAAAACACCUGUAACUCAGACUCCAAGUCAGGCCAGCAGUUCUCAGUUCAUCCCCAUUCAUCACCCAGGAGCCUUCCCUCCCCUUCCUAGCCGGCCAGGGUUUCCACCUCCAACCUAUGUUGUCCCCCCUCCUGUGGCUUUCUCCAUGAGCACGGGGUACACCUUCCCAGGUAGUGUUUCUGUCCCAGGAACCUUCCUCCAGCCCACAGCUCACUCGCCUGCAGGAAACCAGGUGCAAGGUGGGAAACAGUCCCACAUUCCUUACAGCCAGCAACGGCCCUCUGGACCAGGGCCAAUGACCCAGGGACCUCAGCAAACGCCACCUCCUUCCCAGCAACCCCUCUCAUCUUUACCAGCUCAGGCAACAGCACAGUCCGCUGGCCAGUUACAGGUCCAAGCUCUGGCCCAGCAGCAGCAGCAACAGUCCCCUACAAAAGCUGUCCAGGGCCUGGGGAAGAGCCCGCCACACCACUCCGGAUUCCAGCAGUAUCCACAGACAGACUCAUCAAAGCAGCUCUGGAACCCGCCUCAAGUCCAGGGCUCACUGGGGAAGAUCAUGCCCGUAAAGCAGUCCUAUUACCUGCAGGCCCAGGACCCUCUAAAAUUAUUUGAACAGUCAUUACAGCCUCCUGUGAUGCAACAGCAACCUUUGGAGAAAAAAAUGAAGCCUUUCCCAAUGGAGCCAUAUAACCAAAACCCCUCAGAAGUCAAGGUGCCAGAAUAUUACUGGGACUCUUCCUAUGGCAUGGCUGACAAUAGGGUGAUGGCACAGCAGUCUAACAUGGACCGCAGGGGAAAACGGCAAGGAGUCUUCCGCCCAGAGCAGGAUGCUGUCUCCAGGAUGACCUUUGAGGACCCCAAGAGCUCCCCUCUGCUUCCUCCGGACCUGUUAAAGAGUCUAGCUGCCUUGGAGGAGGAGGAAGAGCUGAUUUUCUCUAAUCCUCCUGAUCUUUACCCAGCUCUGCUGGGGCCUCUCGCCUCUCUUCCUGGACGAAGCCUCUUUAAGUCCCUGCUGGAAAAACCAUCAGAACUGAUGUCUCAGUCAUCAUCUUUCCUGUCCCUCAGUGGCUUUUCUCUAAAUCAGGAAAGAUAUCGUUUUGACAGCAUGUUCAAUGAGGUAUAUGGGAAAAACAUGAAUACCAGCACAAAAACAGAAGUCACCCCGUCAGUCGCCCAUCAGGAGACUUCAUUAUAUUCUCUCUUUGAAGGGACUCCGUGGUCUCCAUCCCUUCCAGCCAGCUCAGAUCAUUCGACACCAGCCAGCCAGUCUCCUCACUCCUCCAACCCCAGCAGCUUGCCAAGCUCCCCUCCAACUCAUAACCACAACUCUGUUCCCUUCUCCAACUUUGGACCCAUUGGGACUCCAGACAACAGAGACAGGAGAGUCGCAGACCGCUGGAAAACAGAUAAGCCAGCAAUGGGAGGGUUUGGUCUGGACUAUCUCCCAGCAACAUCGUCAUCUUCAGAGAGCAGCUGGCACCAGUCCAGUGCUCCCAGUGGCACCUGGGCAGCCCAAGGCCCUCCCGCUAUGGAGGACUCCUCAGCUGUGCUUAUGGAGAGCCUGAAGUCCAUCUGGUCCAGUUCCAUGAUGCACCCUGGACCCUCAGCCCUGGAGCAGCUGUUAAUGCAGCAGAAGCAGAAGCAGCAACGCGGACAAGGCUCCAUGAACCCGCCGCAUUGAGACAGAGGUGGCAACCCUUGCAAAUGAAGGCUCCAUAAACCAUGGCAUGUUGGGUUUGCAGGACUGGCCCACACAGUCCUGUGCAGGUGGCAGCCCUCUCUUCUGUUCCUUGCUGUCAGGAGGGCGUAAGUGCUCCACCAACCCACUGAGUGUGCACAAAACGACUGCAGUGCAAGAAAACAACAUCAGGAACUCUCCCAUCCCUGGGCCCUCUGGAGGGAGAGAGGAACUG